AUGGUGAAGUUGAGUCCGAAUGAACAAGAAGACAAGGAGGAUCUUGGUCCUAUCUUUGAUGAGGAAGAGGAGUCCUUUGACUACCCACAUCACGGACCAUUACUUGUGGCUAGGAAGGCUUGGAACGAUCCCAUCUUCGAUAAAACGGACGGCCCGCGAACGGCCACACGGACAACGACCAUGACCCGACCUUUGAUCCAGAUUCUGAGCCGAUCUUUGAUGAUGAAGAUAGCUUUGACUAUCCAGCUCAUGGACCACUACUGGUUGGAAUGGCUCAAUGAAACUGGUGAACAGUAUGUUAAGGAGCAAGUCACGAUCCCUCUCACCAUUGGUCGUUAUGAAGACGAGAUUGUGUGCAACGUUCUUCCCAUGGAUGCUUGUCAUGUUCUGUUGGGACGUCCAUGGCAGUUUGAUAAAAGAACCGUCCAUGAUGGUUACACAAACCGGCACUCCUUUGACCAUAAAGGAAAGAAGAUCACGCUUGUACCACUCUCGCCCUUGGAGGUCCAUCAAGACCAGCUCCAACUUAAAAAGAACCGUGAACAAGAGUCCAAACCGGACAAACCUGAGUCCUCAAUCCGGAACUCCAACUUCUUUGUCAAACAAAGUCAGGUUAAGAAGUCUCUUCACUCUCAAAAGCCCUUUCUUUUACUUGUGUACAAAGAAUCUCUGAUGGCUUCUACUUCUUCUAACCUUGCACCGGAAGUUCCGAGUGAUUUGCUAGAUGUCUUGCAGGAAUAUUCGAUGUCUUUCCAGAUGAAAACCCAAAGGGUUUGCCACCAGUACGAGGGAUUGAACAUCAGAUUGACUUUGUUCCGGGUGCGUCUCUACCUAACCGGCCAGCUUACAGAACCAAUCCGGUGGAGACCAAGGAACUUGAGAAACAAAUUGGAGACCUUAUGGAGAAAGGUUACAUCAGGGAAAGCCUCAGUCCUUGUGCCGUUCCAGUUCUACUUGUCCCCAAAAAGGAUGGAUCAUGGCGCAUGUGUGUGGACUGCCGUGCCAUCAACAACAUUACGCAAGAACAUGGAUGAACAUAAGAAACAUUUGAAAUCUGUCCUUGAAGUUCUUAGAAAGGAACAUUUGUUUGCUAACCUUGGAAAGUGUGCUGAAGGACUUAGAGUGGACGAGGAGAAAAUCAAAGCCAUCCGAGACUGGCCAAGUCCAACGAACGUGAGUGAAGUAAGGAGCUUCCACGGCCUUGCCGGCUCAGAAGAAGCCUUCCAAAUCCUUAAAGGGAAGUUGACUAAUGCUCCUUUACUUGUUCUUCCUGACUUUUCUAAAACGUUUGAGAUCGAAUGUGAUGCUUCGGGUGUUGGUAUUGGUGCAGUUUUGAUGCAGGAUAGAAAGCCUAUUGCUUACUUCAGUGAGAAGCUUGGAGGCGCCACACUCAACUACCCAACUUAUGAUCAAGAGUUGUAUGCUUUGGUAAGAGCUCUUCAAACAUGGCAACACUAUCUUUGGCCUAAGGAGUUUGUUAUCCACACGGAUCAUCAGUCCCUGAAACACCUUAAGGGCAACAGAAGCUGA